UGUAUGUGUGUGUGCCCCCUAGUUCAGAGCGCGCGUGGAAAGUUGUGCGUUAAUGAUUUUUUUUUUUUAAUUGGUGGGGGGGCGGACUGGAAAGGGCAUUCAUGAGGGUUCGGGUUUUCUUUAUGAAAAACUUUAAGGUGGGACGCGUGAAAUAAAUCCCACUCCCAGGCCUGUUAAACGAACAAGCAAUCGGGCCGGGCGGUGGUCUUUUUCGCGCCCCCCCCCCCCCCCCGUCCGGCUGCAAAGCGCAGGAGAGUGUAGGCGCGUGCGGCGCGCGAAAUCGUGCUGCGCUCGCCCCGCCGGGCCGGGUCCUCCCCGGAGAAAAAGUCUCCCUGGAGUUUCCCCCACCACUCUACGUCCGCCACGUCCUGCUGAAAAAAAAAACAAAACAAAAACCCGAAACCCCUAGACCUGAAUGCUUUGUGCGUCCCAAAUUCCCGAUCUCUUGGCCCUGCCCGGUUGCGGAAGGCAGCCGAAUGAGGACGAGAACUCGGGAAAAGAGUUAAGUUGUGGGGGGCACUUGGAGAAGUUUCAGGGGAGAUCUGCUCAAGAUGGAAACCGCAGCCCGGGCGCUAAGGACGGGCUUCUGCUCCCGCUUGCAAAAAGAGAAAGUCGAGCCCGCCUUCCUGCCCGACAAAAAAACAACAACACAACAACAAGAACCCCGAAGAGGGAGGAAUGAAUGAUGUCACAGAGCCGCGCUCGCAGCCUGACAAAGGGGGGGCGCGCCCCUCCCCCUCGCGCCGCUCGGCCCCAGAGAGAGGCGCCCCAAGCGCCGGGUAGCCGAGCGCGCGGACUCGAAACUUUUCCUCUUUAAGAAAAAAAAGUUGUGCGCUGCUCUCAGUUGGUUUUUUUUUUCUUCUUCUUCGGCUUCUUUCCUCGUUUCCCCUCCCCCUUCUUCCUUUUGAAAGUUUCUUUUUUUUUCCUCCGAGUUUGACCGCAUGGCUGAUUCAACUUCAGUGUCAAUCAACUUUUUUUCCCUCCUCUUCCUCAUUUAAAUAAGUUUAAAGCUCCUCCUCCCCCGGCCCACCAAAUCUGAACUUUAUAAAUUGGGCUUCGCGCGCUGCGGCCGAGGAGAGUCAGAAAGGCGAGGGGCGCCGGGAGCAGGCGUGUGGGACUCCAGACCGGAGAGCCGGAGGCUGCGCCUUCCCCGCAUCGAGACCUUCGCGACACACCAGAUCCCCGUCCCUGCCCCGUGCGAGCGCCCAGGAUGACCACCACCCUCGUGUCUGCCACCAUCUUCGACUUGAGCGAAGUUUUAUGCAAGGGUAACAAGAUGCUCAACUACAGUACUCCCAGUGCAGGGGGCUGCCUGCUGGACAGGAAGGCGGUGGGCACCCCUGCCGGUGGGGGCUUCCCCCGGAGGCACUCGGUCACCCUGCCCAGCUCCAAGUUCCACCAGAACCAGCUCCUCAGCAGCCUCAAGGGCGAGCCGGCCCCAGCUCUGAGCUCUCGCGACAGCCGUUUCCGAGACCGCUCUUUCUCCGAAGGGGGCGAGCGGCUGCUGCCCACCCAGAAGCAGCCGGGGAGCGGCCAGGUCAACUCCAGCCGCUACAAGACGGAGCUGUGCCGGCCCUUCGAGGAGAACGGCGCCUGUAAGUACGGGGACAAGUGCCAGUUCGCGCAUGGCAUCCACGAGCUCCGAAGUCUGACCCGUCACCCCAAGUACAAGACGGAGCUGUGCCGCACCUUCCACACCAUCGGCUUUUGCCCAUAUGGGCCCCGCUGCCACUUCAUCCACAACGCCGAGGAGCGCCGCGCCCUGGCCGGGGCCCGGGACCUCUCCGCCGACCGUCCCCGCCUCCAGCAUAGCUUUAGCUUUGCGGGGUUUCCCAGUGCCGCUGCCACCGCCGCUGCCUCGGGGCUGCUGGACAGCCCCACGUCCAUCACCCCACCCCCCAUCCUGAGCGCCGAUGACCUCCUGGGCUCACCCACCCUGCCAGAUGGCACCAAUAACCCCUUCGCCUUCUCCAGCCAGGAGCUGGCGAGCCUCUUUGCCCCUAGCAUGGGGCUGCCUGGGGGUGGCUCCCCAACCACCUUCCUCUUCCGGCCCAUGUCCGAGUCCCCUCACAUGUUUGACUCUCCCCCCAGCCCUCAGGAUUCGCUCUCGGACCAGGAGGGCUAUCUGAGCAGCUCCAGCAGUAGCCACAGUGGCUCUGAUUCCCCCACCUUGGACAACUCAAGACGCCUGCCCAUUUUCAGCAGACUUUCCAUCUCAGAUGACUAAACCAGGGUAGGGAGGGACCCCCUGCCUACUCCACCCCUCCCAUCCUUACCCUCAUCUCCCUACCCAUCUGAUUCCCGACAACCCCUGCAUUAACAAGGUUAAGCUCAACCCCUUUCCCCCAGAACCUUGGAAUGCCCCCUCCC